GGUGUGUGUGUUUCUCUCAGUGGUCCAGUGCAGCUGAAGGUCCAGUCCUGGUGUGUUGACUCGACUCGUUCUGGUUUAUUCAGGAUGUAUUUGUCUUUCCUUGUGUUGUGUGUGCUGCUGUCUGCCUCCAGCUGCUCAGCUAACAAAGGUGCACGGACUGGCUUGCGAGUGGCAGCAGGAUCGCAGACAGUGACUCUUCAGCCCUGGUUGGUGGGUCUGACAGCUGUGGUCGGUUUCCUCUUCAUUGUCUUCACCAUCCUGAUCGUUCGCAGAUUACUCAGGAAGGACAGGGACGAUGAAGAGAGUUGUGGUUAUGACAACAAGGCUGUAGAGAUGGAGGAAGGUGAUAUUAAACAAACCAAUCUGUAGAAGCCGCACUAGAGAGAGCCACUGCCAUCACAUCCACGUCACCUGUUCAACAGAUGCUCUUUUCACUGAACAACAUGGCAGCUUUAUAUUCAUUUUUGUCAUGUUGAGUUUAAUGAGAGCCUUUAUUAAUGUCUCUGUUGCGCUUUUUUUCUUUUAAAGCCAGAAAAAAAUGUUAUUUGCUUUUUAUAAAAUACAUGGAGCCUUGAAUGUAUCAGCGCCACAUUAACUACUCUAGUUCCCUGUCACCACCAGAGGGGCUCAUAACACAGAAGAUAAAAUGACUCACAUCACUGCUGCUCCAGUUGUCGAACUGUUUGUAACAUCUAUUAUGUUUCCUUAGUUCAGUCAUGUGUUGUGACCCACUACCAAAACUCUAAUAAAACCACCUCCAAUAUAA